GGAGCCGCCGCCGGCACGGCUCUGCCCCAUGGCUUCCCCGGCGGCGGCGGGGCCCGGUGCCGCGCUGCCCCCGGCCGCGGCGCGCCGAGACUUCUACUGGCUGCGCUCCUUCAUCGCCGGAGGUGUUGCAGGAUGUUGUGCCAAGACAACUACUGCACCACUGGAUCGAGUGAAGAUUUUGCUGCAAGCUCAUAACCACCAUUACAAACAUCUAGGAGUAUUUUCUACAUUGUGUGCUGUCCCCAAAAAGGAAGGUUACCUUGGACUGUAUAAAGGAAAUGGGGCAAUGAUGAUUAGAAUCUUUCCGUACGGUGCUAUUCAGUUUAUGGCAUUUGACCAAUAUAAAAAGGUAAUAAAGAAACAACUUGGGAUUUCUGGGCAUGUGCAUCGAUUAAUGGCUGGAUCCAUGGCAGGUAUUACAGCAGUGGUUUGUACUUACCCUCUUGAUAUGGUUAGAGUUCGUCUGGCGUUCCAAGUAAAAGGGGAACACAAGUACAUGGGAAUUAUCCAUGCAUUCAAGAUGAUUUACACAAAGGAAGGUGGUUUUAGUGGGUUCUACAGAGGGCUGAUGCCAACUGUGGUAGGAAUGGCACCAUAUGCGGGUUUUUCAUUUUUUACCUUUGGUACCUUAAAGAGCAUUGGACUUGCUCAAGCACCUAACUUGCUUGGACGGCCUUCAUUAGAUAACCCUGAUGUCUUAGUUUUGAAAACACAUGUAAAUCUGCUGUGUGGUGGCAUAGCUGGAGCAAUAGCUCAGACGAUAUCAUAUCCCCUUGAUGUAACUCGUAGGCGAAUGCAGUUAGGAGCGGUUCUCCCAGACUCUGAAAAGUGCCUUACAAUGGUGCAGACACUGAAAUACGUUUAUCAACAACAUGGAAUACGAAGAGGACUAUACCGUGGUUUAUCCUUAAAUUACAUUCGCUGUAUUCCUUCCCAAGCUGUGGCUUUUACCACAUACGAACUKAUGAAACAAUUCUUGCACCUCAACUGAUUCUUUCCUUUAGAAGGCUUUUCUGUAAAAACUACACUAUCAAUCUUCAAAUGUUAUUGAUGAGUAAAUUACUUGAAGUUUAAAAAAAGYUUUCUGUUACUGUGGACCUGCUGUUGUCUGACAUCUCUAUUUGCCAAAAUGCGGUUAAUUUCCUGGAAUCAAACCGGRUGACACAUCAAAAGAAACAAUAGCUAGCUCUAAACACUUUUUUUUUGCACUUGAACUUCUAGGCUUCAUUAAAUGAAUUUUAAAAAUGAUGCAGUUUUGGAGAUGAUACCCAUGUUCCAAGCUGUCAGUUAUUUAGCUUUAUCACCAUUCCAGGAGUUACAUGCUGCUGAUUAUGCUGCUUUUUAAGCUAGAAAUUAGGCAUCUGUUGUUCUUUGAAAAUGAAAUKGAAUAAACUGAUUAGAACAUAACAGAAUGAUUUUGGUUUUCAGAUCAUUGCCAGGUCUGUAGAAGCUGUAAUCGACAGACCACAAUUUAAGCAGCCUUUUAUUCUUUUUCUGUACAAGUUUGCUGUAUGCAAGAACAAUGCAUAUGUCCUUCGGAUGAUACACAGGAAAGUCCCUUCAACCAUUUCAGUAAAAACCAGCAAGAUGUAUUUAGCAGUAUUAGAAAUMUUGCAAUUUGGAAACCAGUUUUUUGGCAUACAUUCUAUUCUAAGAAAUGCUGUGCUACACAAAUAAAAGGUGGGGGGAAUUUUAUAAGCAUGAGUGCUAGAAAAUAUGUCCUUGUGUCAGGUAACAGGGGCCUAAUCUUAUAAGGCUUUUCUGUGGAGCAGAAUGUYCUUGAUUUGGUUUAUUCAAGGCUAAGUAUGUUAUGUACUUUCCAGUACUAGCUGGUGUAAACAGGAUUUUCUCUACCAUAAACCAUGGUGACAAAGAAGUCUGCAUGCUGCUGCAUUUACUUGCUUAGGCAUUUACUUGCUU